AUGGCAACUACUACGGUUCAGCAGACCGCCAGUGAAGUCCAGGCUCCUAUCAAGGACCUCCAUCAGUAUGACUACAGUCAGCUCAAGCCAUAUGUGCACCCGCCAGAAACCAAGGAAGACUUGGCCUGGUCGGAACUCGUAACCCUCGAUCUCGAGGACUACGACCGGCCCGGUGGGAAGGAGCGGUUGGCGAAGCAGCUCGAACACGCGGUCCAUCACGUCGGGUUCUUCUACGUCAAGAACUACGGCUUGACGGAGGAGCAGGUGCAGCAGCAGUUCACCCUGGCCAAGAACUUCUUCGAGCUCCCCGUGUCGGAGAAGGAGAAAUCCGAGAUUCACUACUCCAUCGCCGACUACAACGGCUGGCGUCGACCUGGCCGCUCUCUGCAGUCGGGGGCGAAGGACAACAUUGAGAUGUACAACUUCGCCAAAUUCACGCCCGACUUUGCGGGUAAAUACCACCACCCGGACCUGAUCAAGGCGCAUCUGCCGGAGAUCGAGGUGUUCCACCGCGCGCUGCACAACAACGUGGUAUUGCCGUUGCUGCGUCUGUUUGCCAUCGUGCUGCAGCUGCCGGACGAGGAUUACUUGGUCAGGCAGCACACGUACGAGAAGAAGAGCGAGGACCAUUUCCGUUACAUGAUCUACCACCCUCGCACCGAAGAGGAGUGGGCGGCGGCCGACUACGGCAGGGGCGGCGGCCAUACCGACCUGGGCACCGUCACCCUGCUGUUCCGCCAACCCGUCGCAGGCCUGCAGAUCCUCGGCGAGGACGGCAACUGGACUUACGUCAAGCCAGAGCCCGGCACCAUCACGGUCAAUCUGGCCGACACCAUCAGCCAUCUGACCGGCGGCUGGCUGAAGAGCUCCGUCCACCGUGUGGUCGCCCCGCCCCAGGACCAGCGCCAAUACAACCGCACUGGUCUGCUGUACUUUGCCCGCCCGCACAACGACACCGUGUUGGUGCCCAUCACCGACAGUCCCGUGCUGCAGAAGGCCGGUGUCCACCCGCGCUUUGACAAGCUCGUCACCGCCCAAGAAUGGGUCAAGGCCAAGCAGACCUUGCAGUUGAAUCCUGACAUCGCCGCCAAACGAUGGGCCGAGAAAGGGGACGGAACCGUCGAGGUCCUGGCUGGCUUUCACGACCGGAGAUACAAAAAGUAA